AUGGCAACAUUAUUGGCCCCCCUGGCUCCCAUUUCUAAUAUGCUGCUGCCGUUGACAAACGGCCACACUUCUCAUACUCAUAUUCCUAGCCAGUCUGACACAACUGCAACCCCAACCCCACCUGCAACUUCCACAUCCCCACAUACGGCUAUUUCUACUGCACCCAAUAGAGAUGGAUUGGGUACAUCUUUAUCGAAAAACGGUUCACAGGGGGUGAUUUUGAAUAAUGCAACCGCCGUGACUGACGUUAGCUCGGCCUUAAACACUCCUGCAAGAAUGACCGGACCCCGAGAUAUGACUAUGCAGACUGUAUCAACUCAGACCGAUAAUAACAACGAAUUACAGCGUGGUACAAAGUUUUUUGCCACUACCGAACUUUACGCUGCUCAUUAUCUUCGCACAGCGGAAGCUCACGAAUUGCCAAGCUAUCCUACCAUAGGAUUACUACAUCCUGGGGCUGCUGGAGCUUCAGCGGCAUUAUUGGCUCACCGCGAUCAUAGACCGGUGGAAAUCUGGAGACCGAACUCUAUUGCCGCCGCUGGAGCCGCCGCUUCCUUUGCACACAGCAACCCAAAGUCCGUGAACAUUUGGGAACCUGCCCCGAGUGAACCUGCGGGGAAAGCUGCUCUCCACGCCCUUGAAGACCCUUCUUUCCCGCAGCCAUAUACAAUGCCUGAGUCAUUCAAGCGUUGGUCGUUGUCUGGCGCCAUAGGAGCGAUGCAAAGCUCGAAGGAAAAAAGACGGCGCUCCGGAUCUUCUCCGAUGCCUUUGACUAUUCGUCAGGAAACCGAAGCGGCCAGCGCGGGAAAUAGCGCUUUGACAGCUGCAACUAUUGCUCACAUGCCACCUAUUCGGCGUCUCUCUGUCGCCACAGGAGCAGACUCGACUUCGGAAUACGUCGCAGAAAGCAAGGUGCUCAACGCGGGCAGGGUUCCACAGCAGGAUAAGCGCAAGUCGGACGUACUCCGUGCAGCCACAAUUUCAAUGUCUAAGAGUAGCCGCCGCACCACCUUACCUGAUGUACCAAGACAUGACCAUUCAGCACAAUCUGUCCUUACGACAACCCCGCCAUCGAGGCGAUUUAAUUCAAAUAUCCAAGAGGCCGCUCGCAAAGUUGCAGCAGAGCGUUUAGCAAAGAUAGGCUACGAUACUGAUCGUACACUCUCAGCUUCUCCUCUCGGAGCUCAAGCUGCCCAGACCUCGAUCAACUGCUCUUAUACUGUCCCCAACGUAGGAUCGAUUGAUAUUGGCCAAGCUCGCAAUACCGACGCAGAGAUGGCACUUCUUCGGGGGAACAUAGCGCGGGCUGAUGCAAAAAAGCGUGGUGAGAACGCUGUCUUACUCAUGUCUGCUGCUCAGCGCAACGUUCAAGCCAAGCUUUCGGGAAUAGACAAGCAAGUCGCAGAUUCUCGGGGGCUCGCGAGGCGUGAAGAUUGGGAACCCAGGGUCACUCAAAUUGCACAGGCGGACUCUGAAAAACGUAUAGAGAAUCAUGGGAAGAUCAGCAUCGGAGGCGGCGCAUAUAUGGCGCCGGAGGAAAUUGAUGUAAUCGCACAAAGGAAUGUACAGCCGUUGUUGGAAGAUAUUAAUAGAAGAGCAAACGCGGAGAAGGCUAGAAUAGAUUCUGAAAGAGCUAGAGAAUUAGAGGAUCACUUGGAUAUUGAAGAAUCAAAACGGGUGCAGGCCCUACACGAGGCAAGGGAAGGGGAGACACGUGAGGAUAUCCGGAGGGCUAAAGUCAUCGAAAAAGAGGACGAGAAACGCCGGAAGGAAGAGGAAAAGCGAGCAGUGAAGGGACGGAGACAGCCUUCAAAAAUCGACAGCAGGGGUGGUGGGGAUUUGGGUGGACUAGGUGAUGGUAGUCCCAUAUCCCCCACAUCACCUUUAUCGGACAGCAGCAGCAAAGAGGGGAGGAUUAGAGGGCUUUUCAAUAGAUUUAGAAGACGCCAAAGUCGCCAAAUUAGUCGUGAUGAAAAAGAGGCUGUUGCCAUCAGCGCCCCGAUAGGUGGUACUGUGAUUGACCCUACUUUUAGUGGGGGGCAUGCUGCUAUUUCCGAGCAGCAACACGUCAAUGAAGCAAGCGGGGAUCGGGUGGCGUUUAACGGGAGUCCGCGGCCAGAAUCUGCAUUCAGAAUUCCCCGCCGUAUAUCAUCGAUUAUAGUGCCGAAAUCGAAUGGAGCACCCCAAGAGCGUGUAGCGAUGCGGUCAGUUUCAGCAGCGGGUAUCCAGCCGAUAAGGACAGAUGGAGGUGAUAAGACUCCAGUGAAGCGUCGACAUUCGUUAUCUAGUAUAGGGGUGGGUGGUUACCACUUUAAGGGUAGGAGACGGACAGAAGACCCAGCGACCAUCAAUGAUCAAGGUACCAAGAAAGGCAAAGGAAAACUCGUUAGGAAAAGAACCAAGGAUUUUGCCAAGAUCAACGGCCGGAUCUCGAGCACCGAGGAUCACUCGGAGUAUCCCGACGAGGCGAGGGACACGUUCUCACAGCAAUCCCCAACAUUCGCACCCACGAAUAGGCCUUCUUCUGGCUUCUUCCCACAUGAUGAGCGGAGAUUUUCUGCAGGGGAAGGCAGUGUCAGCUCGAGGUUUCGGGAGGACUUGUAA